AUGACUCUGGCUCCGUCGAAGCGAGUCACUGUCCGGGUCUGGACCCUGGUUGACAGUCGCAAUUACAUUCCUCUUCGCAAACGCCAUUAUUCUUCCACUACCCAAACAUCCGACUCACCUCGGACUACGAAACGACGCGAGUUCCAUGACUAUUUUGUUACGCAUCUCCCCUCAUCCUCCCUCCAUCCAGACCCUAGGGGCCCGCUCACAUCGUUCCAUAAACUCCCCCGCUCAGCAUCAGUACCACAUACUGGAGAGAUAACGCACUCUCCGGCUUCAUUCCAAGCUCUGGUCGGCCGAGAGACGACCGUAGUUCGGAUUCCGCUACGAAGCGCGAAACAUCACUUUGGAGCCGCAACCUCUCGAGGAACUCGCGCUUAUAAUGAAGACACCUACCAGGCUGGAGUUAUUGAUAUACCUGCCUUCGCGAAGCGUCCUCCGUCGUCCUUGACGAUUAAGCGCGAUGUUGCUGGACCCCGAGAAAACAGAGCUGCGGAUAGCGCGAGCGGGGAUCCGCAAGUUUUCUACUUUGGAAUAUUCGAUGGCCACGGUGGAUCUGAAUGUAGUACUUUUCUACAAGAUACGCUGCAUGAAUAUAUUCAGGACACUGCCGCCGAGUUUGAACUGCAGUCGAGUUUGAAAAAGGCCGAGGAGGAGCCUGAAUUGUCUGGCAGCGAGCUGCCAGUCCGACAAGGUAGCAAUGCGAUGCGGGUGCGGAGAUUGGAAAAAACUCUGGUGCAGAACUGGAGACAUCUCGUCGGAGGAUAUUUCAAAAGAUUCGUCCCGCCAAACUUCUCACACCUAACUAAACACCCCGCGGAGGGCGAGACAAAGCCGGCAACCGAUGAUAAAUGUGUCUCAAUUGAGGAAAUCCUCGAGUACGCUUUUUUGCGUGCAGACUUGGAUUUCGUUUCCGCCCAAGCCUCAAGGCAAGAUGACGAGCUGUCGAAUGUUUUCCGGCCGCUUUACCAAGAUGACAUUCUCUAUGGGCCAGCCCGUUCUCAAUCAUUAAGCCCCAGUAGCCUGAGACGGUUCAAAGGUGGAAGCACAGCGAGCUCUGUAUUAAUCUCCACACCAACGCCCGCGCCUUUCUGGCAUCCAUCUAGUCCGUCAAGUUUGCUAGUCUCACAUGUUGGCGAUACUAGGAUCUUGUUGUGCUCGACGGCCACUGGCGAGGCUAUACCUCUCACAUCCAACCAUCACCCUUCGUCGCCCAUCGAAGCCAACCGGCUAAGACGAUAUGCAGCUACAUUCGUGACCGACUCGUUUGGCGAAGAGCGUAUUAGCGGGUUAGCGAACACUCGUGCCUUUGGUGAUGUACAGUCCAAACGGAUCGGUGUAUCGGCUGAACCCGAGCUUCGCCGUUUCGAGAUAGCACCGGCGGAAUACUCUUUCUUGGUACUCAUGACGGACGGCGUCACGGACUCACUCAACGAUCAAGAAGUCGUUGAUAUCAUUAAAGAAGCGAAGACUCCAGACGAAGGGUCUCGGCAUGUGGUCAAUUUCGCUACCGAGGUCACCAAGUCGGGGGACAAUGCUACUUGCCUCGUCGUGCGACUUGGUGGCUGGGAGCGACGAUUGGAAGGGGGCUUAGGCAGCCUGGGAACGAAAGAAUCUCGCGAAUUCCGUCGACAAGAAGCUACAGAUCCGCGCAGGUCACGGACAUGA